UAGCUUGAUAAACCGUCGCACCGCCCCGUCAGUUAAUUAAAACAACUAUUUGGGACGGUUUCGCUCCGAGGCUUGUGAUUCGCUUGCCAGGGGAUUGCAAAAGUCCCUUGAGCUUUGAACCCACAGCGGAAAGCGGUGAUAAACAAGCGAAGUAUAAAUACCAGGGCUGCGCCACCGCCGUCUCUAUUCUCUUUUGUUCCCCAUGCACGAGCUAAGCUGCUGAGCAGCCGAUCGAGAAAAGACCGAGGCCAAAGCCCAGCCAUGUGGGCUGGGCUGGGGCUUGCCCUGGCUCUCUGUCUCCUCCCAGGAGGAGGGUCAGAGAGCCAGGGCUCCAGGACCCAGUGUAAAGAAGCUCCCAAAUGGCGCAUCGGGCAGGAAAAUCCUAUGCUGGACUCCAGAGGCUCUGUAACAGUCGUGGCUCUUCUCCAGGCUAGCUGACCUUUGUGCAUGGUCCAGGCUUCCAGGCUGGAAGACCUGCGACUGAAGCUGGAAAACGGUGGAUUUACCAAUGUCUCCUUUAUGGUAGUCAACCACAAAGGGAAGCCGUCCCAGCAAAAGUAUUCACUGCUGAGAGAGAAGGUUUCAGAGGACAUUCCUGUGUACCAGCAGAAUAAGGGUCAGCCUGAUGUUUGGACUAUUCUAAAUGGAGACAAGGAUGACUUCCUGAUCUAUGACAGGUGUGGUCGUCUUGUGUAUCAUCUUGGUUUGCCUUACACCUAUCUGACUUUCCCAUACGUGGAAGAUGCUAUUCGGGCGACAUACUGUGAAUCAAGAUGUGGAAACUGUUCUUACAUGACCCCAGAGAUUGAAGAAAUAUGCAGCAACCUAACAAAAGCAGCCGAAGUACCAGCCGCGGAAGCACCUCCUCCCCCGGAAUAUCAUAGGCACCAUCACAGACAGGGGGGCGUGCUUUCUGAAAACCAAAACCAGCAUGGCACUGGUCACGCCCACAGACAUCGAUUCCGUCAGGAGCACCUGCAGCAGCACAGGGUUAAUACAGGUCAGACAGGUAGUUGGGAGAGAGCUGUAGCAGCCCUACAGCAAGCUGCAGAAGCCGGCCCACAAGACGCAGGGCUCUGACGAAAAGGGAACGCCAUUUGCAACCGGCAGUUGAACUGAAACUGGUCACAGGAGGCAGGGCCUGCUUCUGGUAGGUGAUGCUGACACUGACGGCACCUGUUGUUCGAGGAUCUGGCUAGCACAGCCUCCUGAUCCUGUCUCGGAGAGCUCCCGUCUUCCUGCAGGUGACAGGGUCAGUUGUUGGCAGAGAACGUCAUUGAGUCUUGUCAGUGACGACUGCCGACAGCUUCUUGACA